AUGGCGGCUGUGAGCUCUUCUCUCUGUGAGGAGCAGUUUCUCUGCUCCAUCUGUCUGGAGGUCUUCACUGAUCCAGUCACAACACCGUGUGGACACAGCUUCUGCAGCAUCUGUAUCAACAAACACUGGGACACCAGUGUCCACUGUAGCUGCCCACUUUGUAAACAGGACUUCAGCCCAAGACCAAAGCUGAAAGUCAGUACUUUUAUGUUAGAAAUGAUCUCUCUGCUCAGAAAUAAGCCUCAAGAUGAAGACACAGUGAUGGAGGCUCCGUCCACUGCUCCAGGAGAGGUCUGUGACCUGUCCACUCCUCCAGGAGAGUUGGACUGUGACAUCUGUCUAGAGCCCAGGCUCAGAGCCCUGAAGUCCUGCCUGCUGUGUCUGAUGUCGUACUGUGAGAGCCACCUGCAGUCACACCUCACAAACCCCCGUCUGAAGAGGCACCAGCUGAUCCACCCUCUGCCCAACCUGGAAGAGCACAUCUGCCCUAAGCACCAGCGGCCCCUGGAGCUCUUUUGUAGGGACCACUCACACUUCAUGUGCGUGCAGUGCAGUUAUACAGAGGAUACAAAGCAUCAUACUGUCUUAUUGAAGGAGCAGGGAGAGGAGCAGCAGGCCACACUGAAGAAACAGAUCAAAGACAGACGUGUGAAAGUCCAGGAGAUCCAGCGCUCAGUGGAGCAGAGUCAGAGAAAGGCAGACGCAGAAAUACAAGAAGGUCUCAGAGUCUUCACCGCUUUGAUGGAGUUUGUUCGACAAAGUGCAAACAGCUUCAAACGGAGCAUUGUAGAAAAGCAUCAGAAGGUGGAGGAGGAGGCGUCUCAGCUGAUAGAGCAGAUCCAGACAGAGAUCUCUGAGCUGGAGCAGAGAGGAGCUGAGAUGGAUCAGCUGUGGACCUCUGGAGACCACCUGUCCUUUGUCCAAACCUUCACUACAGUCAAACCUGCUCCACAGCUCAGAGACUGGAGCCAGAAGACUGUCAGGACCCCGUCGUACAAGGGGACAGGGGCCCAAGCUGUGUCUGAACUGAGGAACAAACUGAACACAGAGAUGGAGAUGUUCUUUAAAGCAGAGUUAGAGAAAGUUCAAGAGUUUGCAGCUGAGGUGUCUCUAGAUCCAGACACUGCACAUCCACGAUUAGUUCUGUCUAAAGAUCUCAAACGGGUUCAUUACGGUGACCAAGAACAGAAUCUCCCAGACAACCCUGAGAGAUUCACGACCUAUUUCAGUGUGUUUGGGAAACAAAAGUUCUCAUCAGGAAAGUUUUAUUUUGAGGUUCAAGUCAAAGGAAAGACAGGGUGGAAUCUAGGAGUGGCCAAAGAGACAGUAGAUCGAAAACGUAGAAGGCCUCAAACUAUACACAAUGGAUACUGGAUACUCUACUUGUGUGAAGGUCGUUACUUAACAUCACACCACCCUCCUGCACAUCUCUCCCUCCAGUCGUGUCCAGAGAAGUUGGGAGUGUUUGUGGAUUAUGAUGAAGGUCUGGUCUCCUUCUAUGAUGUGGAUAAAAAGUCUCUUCUUUGGUCUUACACUGACUGUGGCUUCACUGACAACAUUCUGCCGAUGGUUCAUCCAUGGUGGAAUGAAGAUGGUGUAAACUCUGCUCCUCUGGUCCUGACGCCUGUUGGAAGUUAG